GAGUUAGUUUCAAGGAACUAGGUGUGCUUGUGGAUUGGUAAGAAAGGGAAUUUCUGUACCGAACCUUUUGGUACAAAAUGCCUCCAACAUUGUUUCAGAAACUUUUUAAUAAAAGAAAUGCCUUUUCACCACCUCCGAAGUGCACAAAAGAUGACCACUCGUACAGUUGGCCUUCCCCCGAAUUGGAGCCCGGCCAGAUCAGACUGAUCGUGUACCAGGACGUGAACGACGGGGGAGAAAAUGUCCUGUUCGACUCGAACGCCAAAAAGAGAAGUGCGGAGGAAGCCCCUGGUUCGAAGCCCAGUGCGGACGCCCAGCUCCGGAUGUUUGGGAAGUGCUGUAAGCUCCGGCCAACCGGCGGCAGCUCCAGCUCCCUGGACAGCUGCUCCUCCUCUGCCUCCGAGCCCCGAGAGCAGGGUCCCCACUACACUAGUUCCCGUUGCUCGUCAGACGCCAGCAUGCUGGGGGAGAUGAUGUUCGGCUCGGUGGCGAUGAGCUACAAGGGCUCCACGCUGAAGAUCCACCAGAUACGGUCUCCGCCGCAGCUGAUGCUCAGCAAAGUGUUCACGGCCCGGACAGGAAGCAGCGUCUACGGCAGCCUCAACACGCUGCAGGACAGCCUGGAGUUCAUCAACCAGGACUCCAACUCCCUCCGCCCGGAGCUGACCACGACUGCGGGGGGGUUCCUGGGGAACAUCGGGUUCUCUCAGCUCUGCAGUCCGCGCCGGGCCUUCUCUGAGCAGGGCCCUCUCCGCCUCAUCAAGAGCGCCUCUUUCUUUUCAGGGCACAGUAACCCCAUGGACAUGCCAGGCCGGGGGCUCUAUGACGAGAGAGACAGCGGGAUCGCCAGAUCAGCCUCUCUGAGUAGUCUCCUCAUCACUCCGUUCCCCUCCCCUGGGUCCUCCUUCACCAGUAGCUGUGCGAGCAGCUACCAUAGACGUUGGCUCCGUAGCCAGACCACCAGCCUGGAGAACGGGGUCUUCCCACGAUGGUCGGUGGAGGAGAGCUUCAACAUGUCUGACGAGAGUGCUGGGCCCAGCCUUGGAACAGCGAGGAAGAAGAAGAUCGCUAUUGGUGUGAUUUUCCUGCUGUCGCAAGAGGAAGAGGAGAACGGCAAGUUCCAGGACUUCUUCUUCUCCCACUUCCCCCUGUUCGAGAGCCACAUGAACAAACUCAAGAGCGCCAUCGAGCAGGCGAUGAAGCUGAGCCGCAGGUCAGCUGACACGAGUCAGAGGGUGCUGGCGUACAGCCGCAUGGUGGAUGGGCUGAACGAGUUCAGGACCACCAUCUGCAACCUGUACACCAUGCCCCGCGUGGCCGAGCCCGUCUGGCUCACCAUGAUGUCCGGCGCCCCCGAGAAAAACCAGCUCUGCGGCCAGUUCAUGAAGGAGUUCGCCUUCCUGAUGGAGCAGGCCUCCAAGAACCAAUUCCUCCCGGCGCUCCUCACCGCCGUCCUGACCAAUCACCUGGCCUGGGUCCCCACGGUGAUGCCAAACGGACAGCCGCCAAUCAAGAUCUUCCUGGAGAAGCACUCGUCCCAGAGUGUGGACAUGCUGGCGAAGACGCACCCGUACAACCCGCUGUGGGCCCAGCUGGGCGACCUGUACGGGGCCAUCAGCUCCCCCGUCAGGCUGUGCCGGACGGUGGUGGUGGGCCGGCGGCAGGAGCUGGUCCAGCGGCUGCUGCACUUCCUCACCUACUUCCUGCGCUGCUCGGAGCUCCUGGAGACGCACCUGCUGGAGAGCGCCGAGGACGUGGCCAUCGUGAUGCCCGGCACGCUCAUCACCACCUCGCUCCGCCCCGGCGAGGUGGAGGAGUCCGACUACGUCCUCGUCACCGUGCACAAGCCCAGCGGCGACUACCUGUCCCGCAACGCCCAGCCCGAGAGCGGAUACCCGUCCGACACCAGCUGCCCGGGCAGCGCCUGCACCGACGGGCCCCGCCCCUCCCCGGAGCCCGGCCCGGAGCCCGGCGGCAGCCAGGACUCCCAGAGCGGCGUCCUGCAGCAGGCCCCGUUCCCGCCCGGCGGGGACCCCCCCCAGCCCCCGCCCUGCAAGGAGAAGGCCAGCUGCUGCCGGGACGCUAAGCUGGAGACGGUGGUGCGCGUGGGGUCCGCGUCGCCCCAGGGUGCGACGCUGGAGGUGGAGCCGGGCACGGGGGCGGGGGCGGGGGCGGAGGCGGCGGCGACUCUCGAGGACGCUCCCGACGGCGGGAGUACGCCGAUAAAAGUGUUCCGGUCUCCCGGGAUCCCGCUGGAGAAGAAGCCGCCGGAUAAGAGCCUGUUCCCGGCGGCGGAGCAGGAGGAGGACGAGGAGGACGAGGAGCACGAGGUUCCCGCCUCCAAAGUGACGUUCCUCAUCGGCGACUCCAUGUCCCCGGACUCGGACACGGAGUCGCGGCGGCGCAGGGUGGAGGGGCAGAUGCGGAAGCACAGGAAGCAGAUGCAGCUCCAGCCGCCGGAGGCAGGGGGCGCCGUCGAGCCCAAGCGGGAGCCCAAGCUGCUCGCGGAGGACCAAAGCCAGGCUGGCGAGGGGCACCCGGACAAGCUUCCGCGCGUCCCCAGCGCCCUGCCCCGCUGGAACCCCGAGGACUGCAUGGACCUGUUCGACGAGUACUUCAGCGACGACAACCCCGUGGAGACCAGGACCAUCGACGACGUGUCGAAGAAGCCGGGGGUUUCGGGAGGGGCGGACCGGUCGCAGAAGGAGCCCCCGGACGCCUCGAGGGGGGCGGCGGGGACGGGGACGGGGGCGGGGGCGGGGGCGGUACCGCGGGAGCCCAGCGGACCCUUCGCGUGCGGCGGCCUUUCCGCCGCGCAGGACCAAGGCAUCGUGAUCUCCGUGACCGUCCCGCGCGGGGAGAAGGCGGACCUCAAGCGGGCGACGCCGCUGAACGAGUGGGACAUCCCGCGGAACGAGAGCUCCGACAGCGCCCUGGGGGACAGCGAGAGCGAGGACGCGGGACAGGAGCUCCACCGCGCCGAGGGCGACGGGGACGGGCCCUACUACCCCGACGAGCAGGAGGAGUGGCUGGACGAGGUGGAGGUCCCCUUCCCCGGGCCCAAGCUGGUUGAGAAUUACUCCAAGCCCAGCAUCGCCAACUUCGGGAGGUCGCUGUUCGGAGGGUACUGCCCGACCUACGUCCCGGAUUUCGUCCUGCACGGGCUCCCCAGUGACGAGCGACUUCGGCAGUGCCUGUCGGCGGAACUGGCGCACGCCGUGCAGCAUCCGGUGUUGGACGAGCCCAUCACGGAGGCGGUCUGCAUCAUCGCCGACACCGACAAGUGGACAGUGCAGGUGGCCAGCAGCCAGAGACGGGCCGCGGACUGCAACAAGCUGGGCAAGGAGGUGCUGGUGUCCAACCUGGUGUCCAGUCUGCUCCUCUCCACCUCUCACCUCUACAAACUCAACCUCUCGCCAAACUUUUGCAUCAUGCACCUUGAAGACCGGCUCCAGGAGUUGUACUUCAAGAGCCGAAUGUUGGCAGAGUACCUGAAGGGCCAGACCAGAGUACACGUCAAAGAGCUGGGGAUGGUUCUCGGGAUCGAGUCGAGCGACCUCCCCCUCCUCGCAGCGGUGGCGAGCACGCACGCUCCGUACGUGGCGCAGAUCCUGCUGUAGCCACUAGGGGGCAGCGGACUGCGGAAACUCUGCACCCAGGACCCGUGACGAACGGCAACGACAACAAAAAAAAGGCAUUUGUGGUGCCGACCGCGCCAGCCCAGCUCCGCCCCGCCCCGCCCCGCCCCCACCCCCACCCCCCCACCCCCGCGCAGCCGGGCUCUCCAUGGGCGCCCGCGGAGCCCGCACAGAGUGGCAGGUCCUGUGUAUCGCUCGCUCGCUCGCUCACGGUUGCUAGGAUACGGACGCUGUGUCGCGCGCGGACAGAGGCGCUCCCCGCGCCCUCGCGUUACUGACUGAGGCUCCGCGGAGAGACGCGCCGGGCCUACCCGCCGGCGGAGAAUGUUCUCACUUAUCUAGAAUGUUCUACUCUUGUUUUACAUCCAGAGCAUAUUUUUACACUUUUUUUUUUUCGUUUUUUUGUUUUUGUUUUAGUUUUAGAUGGACAAUGCCAAAGAGGAGUCGCAAACUGCACUUUUCUUUCGAAGAAUAAUGAGGAAACGACGAUACUAAAUCAUAUUUUGCUGUAUUAUCAUGUUGUAUCUUCUUUUAAUCCAUAAAGAAACAAGGAAGAGGAAAAAAAAAGUUUGGCUCAUCAUAGUAAAUAUGGACAAAGAGCCCUGACUUGCCAAUUAUAUUUUUGCUAUUAUAUUUUUGUCAUUUUACUUCACUUGUCCCGAAGCGCCACAUUGCUUCACAAGAUUUCUGAACAAAUAAUGAAAUUAUGAGAUGAAAAAUUUCAGAACAUUUUUUUUUUUUUUUUGAGAAUGCCCAAAUAGGUUGCAGUACAAGUUGUAAUGACAAAGCGUGUGGUGGCGUUUAACGCUGAACGCUCCCGCGCGUGCAGUACUACCUCAGAUCUUUUGUGGGUGUUUGUCAGCUGCAUUAUUUGGCUUAAAAGGGAAAUAUUUGGGUCAUGCCCUGCGAGAUUAUCCAACUCUCACAUCGGCGUGAUCUUUACUGAAGUCAUAGCUCCAGAUUUCACAUUUGCAUCUUGAAUGAGGUUUUUAUAUUAGUGUCGAUGUAUUAGGGAUUAUUGAUUAUCGAUUGUCUGUGGGCUUUUUUGUGCUGCCCAGUCCUUCUUUGAACAACAUUGAGAAGCGUAUGAAUUCCCCGCAAACAUUAAUAAUGGCCAGUAAUAUAGUGAAUAGGGUGAGUCUUUUUAAUAUUACAGUGAGAUUGUGUCAAUAACCGUACAAAGAUCAAAAGUUGCAAAGUCUUAAACUGGGUAGGCGCAAAAAGUGCUAAAUACAGUAAGUAAUUAAGUCAUAUUUCAGACAAUGUUUUGUAAGAUAUGAAUUUGAAAUUUCAGGGAUGACAUAAUGGUAGGAAAUGAUAGGAUUAAUAUUGUUCAUUUAUAACAGUAUAAAAACGCAUGAUUUACAGAAUAAAAUAGGUAUGAAGCAGAUUGAAACUGAGCUAGGAGAUAUUAAUUGGGUCCAUUUAUGUGCAAACAUUGAAUACUAUGUUGACCUGCCAUGAAAGUACCCAUUUGGCUUUGCUUUGAAAUAGAUCUGUCAACAAAAAACCCCCCAGAAAAUAAGAUUCUGUAUGCUAUAGCGAAGGGAUGCUACCAUGGUCAUUAAAAACCUCCCUCUUUUCAGACUUCUAAAGGCACAAUAUUUUAUACUUGCAGUGAAAUUCUUUAAGGGAAUAUCACUGAAAUCUUACAUUAUAUUUACAUGCUUCACUUCUUAAGUAUUUCUCACAAUAAUUUAGAUGUGUCAUCCCAUGUUUAUGCAUGUUUGAAACGGAAGUAAUUAAUCACUAUACCUUCAAAUCACAAUUACAUUUAUUUACCAGUUUUGUUUAUAGGAUUAAAUAAUACAAUCAUUGGAAGCACUAACAAAAACAAAACACUUUUUAUAUGAUAGUGAAAUGCUGCAAAAGACAAAUGUAAAUGGCAGGUUUAUUUUUACAAAUAUUUCUACUAUCCAUGGCACACGUUUUGCAUUUGAUUUUGAGAGCUGUGCUGUUCUGAGGUAACGUCAUGCAUCUGAGUCUUAACUGGUGUGUGGCAUGAAGGAAUUCAGUGUCUGUUCACAAUUUAUUUUCCGGCUAAGAUUCUGCUUUAAAAAUAUUUGGCCACCGCAGGAGUUACGUUUUGUAAAACAUUUGAUUAUUUCUCUUUUAAAUUAUGUAUUUAUAUCUAUAUUUCUCAUUAAAGGUAUAGUUAAAUUAUUUAGUAUAGAGUAUAUAACAGUUUCAUGUUAAUUGUACAUAUUGUUUUCCAUUUGUAUUCAAUUAUUUGUACAUACUGUACCUUAAAUAUGCAUUGUUUUCCUUAAUAUCCUUUCCCAAUUUUAUGGGAAUGUUGUGCAAUAAAAAUGCCAAUGUUACAUAUUUCA